UGUAUGCAUGGGACAGGAUGCUUUCAUGGAGCCUUCCAGCAGCAUGGUUGCAGUCUUUCAGUGCAAGAUGUACCUCCUUCUCUUAGCGGGUGCUUGUUCAGGGCUGAAGGUGACGGUGCCUUCACACACCGUCCACGGCAUCAGGGGUCAGGCCCUCUACCUCCCCGUGCACUAUGGCUUCCACACCCCGGCAUCAGACAUCCAGGUCAUAUGGCUGUUUGAGAGGCCCCAUACGAUGCCCAAAUACCUGCUAGGCUCUGUGAAUAAGUCUGUGGUUCCUGACUUGGAAUACCAGCACAAGUUCACCAUGAUGCCACCCAAUGCAUCUCUACUCAUCAACCCACUGCAGUUCACUGAUGAAGGCAAUUACAUUGUGAAGGUCAACAUCCAGGGAAACGGAACGCUGUCUGCUAGUCAGAAGAUACAAGUCACUGUUGAUGAUCCUGUCAAAAAGCCAGUGGUGCAGACCCAUCCUUCCUCUGGGGCUGUGGAGUAUGUGGGGAAUAUGACCCUGACAUGCCAGGUGGAAGGGGGCACUCGGCUAAUUUACCAGUGGCUAAAAAAUGGAAGGCCUGUCCACACCAGCUCCACCUAUUCCUUUUCUCCCCAAAACAACACCCUUCAUAUUGCUCCAGUGACCAAGGAAGACAUUGGGAAUUACAGUUGCCUGGUGAAGAACCCUGUCAGUGAGGUGGAAAGUAACAUCAUUAUGCCCAUCAUAUAUUAUGGACCUUAUGGACUUCAAGUGAAUUCUGAUAAAGGACUGAAAGUAGGGGGAGUGUUUACUGUUGACCUUGGAGAAGCCAUCCUAUUUGAUUGUUCUGCUGAUUCUUAUCCCCCCAACAUCUACUCCUGGAUCCAGAGGGCUGACAAUACAACAUAUGUCAUUAAGCAUGGGCCUCACUUGGAAGUUGCUUCUGAGGAAGUAGCCCAGAAGACAACUGACUAUGUGUGCUGUGCUUACAACAACAUAACUGGAAGGCAAGAUGAAACUCGUUUCACAGUUAUCAUCACUUCUAUAGGACUGGAGAAGCUUGCACAAAAAGGGAAAUCAUUGUCCCCUUUAGCUUGCAUAACUGGAAUAUCACUAUUUUUGAUUGUAUCCAUGUGUCUUCUCUUCCUAUGGAAAAAAUAUCAACCCCACAAAGUUAUAAAACAGAAGCUAGAAGGCAGGCCAGAAACUGAAUACAGGAAAUCUCAAACAUUUUCAGGCCAUGAAGAUGCUCUGGAUGACUUCGGAAUAUAUGAAUUUGUUGCUUUUCCAGAUGCUUCUGGUGUUCCCAGGAUGCCAAGUAGAUCUGUUCCAGCCUCUGAGGGUGUAGCAGGGCAAGAUCGGCACAGUACAAUUUACGAAGUUAUUCGGCAUAUUCCUGCACAACAGCAAGACCAUCCAGAGUAA